AUGAUGGCGUUUACGAAGAAGCCCUAUUUCGGGCUUACCGGAGGAUGGCUUACCUUUUGGCUCACGGGUGUCUUCAGUAUGUCGCCCUUCCCUUUUCACAUCUAUACCAAUCCUCCUGGAUACCAAUGGCCUAUUUCUUCAGGUGGCGUGGUGGUUACCCCUGACUUCUUGGAAGUUCACGAUCUCGUUGGCCCUACCAAAACCAAAGUCCUUUCAACAGUUGCUGCCAUUUAUGACAUUGGUUGUUUUUUCGGAGCCAUACUUGCCUUUACGGUAGGCGAGCGACUGGGCCGCAAGAAAUCCAUUCUUUUAGGUAGUGCGAUUAUGGCCGUCGGUACCAUUCUCCAGGCAUCAUCUUAUAGCCUACCCCAAAUGUUCAUUGGUCGAAUUGUUCUAGGCCUUGGGAACGGAAUUAACACUGCAACGGCACCUAUUUGGCAAACGGAAACAGCACAGGCAAAAUGGAGAGGAAAGCUGGUCAUCCUGGAUCUUGGGCUGAAUGUCGGUGGGUACUGCAUUGUCAACUGGAUAAAUUAUGGACUUUCCUUCCGCGGGGGUGCCAUUGCAUGGCGCUUGCCGAUCGCUCUACAGCUGAUUUUCGUCGCUGUCUUGCUCGUCACAAUCCCCUGGCUCCCGGAAUCCCCAAGGUGGCUCAUGACACAAGCCCGCGAAGAUGAGGCGAUGGAGGUACUUGCGUGUGUCGAGGCUACAUCUACCGACGAUCCAGUUAUUAUAACCCAGCGUGAUGAGAUUAAAUUCAGUAUCACAUAUGAACACGACAAUGCUGUCCGAUGGCGCGAUCUUCUGCGCCGAAGCAAAGCCGAUAAUACCAAAACUCUUCGCCGGCUGCUUCUUGGUGCCGGAACACAGGCCAUGCAGCAGUUCCAAGUCCUCAUGAACUCGGUCGGACUUUCAGAUAAAAUGGCCCGACUGCUGACAGCCUGCAAUGCAACCUCAUAUUUCAUUUUCUCCUGCGCCGCAGCCUCAAUAGUCGAGCGAGUCGGCCGUCGAGGUUUGAUGAUGUUAUCUGGUUUUGGCCAGUUCGUCUCCUUCCUGGUUAUCACGAUUCUCCUUUACUUAGCCGAGGAUAAUACAGUAUACGCCACUGCUUCCGUUGCCUUUUUCUUUCUAUAUCAUAUCGCUUUUGGGAUGGGUAUGCUGGGUGUGCCAUGGCUGUACCCCACUGAAAUUAACUCACUCCCCAUGAGAACGAAGGGUGUGGCAGUUUCGACCGCAACCAACUGGAUCACCAAUUUUGCCAUAGUCGAGAUUACACCUAUCGGUAUUCAAAGCAUUGGGUGGAAAUUCUGGAUUGUGUGGACCGUCCUCAAUGCGGCAUUCCUGCCAAUUAUUUACUUCCUCUAUCCAGAGACAGCAAAUCGGAACCUGGAAGACAUUGAUGCGUACUAUCGCUCCAACCCACCACUCAUCGUCACCGGUGAUGGAGAUGCCAUUUCGACCAAAAGACCGCUUCAGUUCAUAUGCCAUGAAGACGAGGAAGUGCAAAAAAAUGCAAAGGAGGCUGCCUAUGGUGCUGCAGAGUACAAGGAACAUGUAAAUUAG